AUGGGGGAAGAAAGUGGCGAAGGAAGAUCCUUAGCUGAAACCCCCACUUAUGCCGUGGCAACUGUGAUCACUGUCCUUGUUUCUCUUAGUUUUUUGUUUCAAGGCACGUUAAAAAAAUUGGUAAAGUGGUUGGACCAAACCAAGAGAAAAUCUCUGCUUUCUGCUCUGGAAAAGAUCAAAGAAGAAUUGAUGCUUUUUGGGCUUCUGUCAUUGCUGAUGGGUCAUUGGAUUAUUUUUGUGGCAAAGAUUUGCGUUAAGUCAUCGGUAUUAAGCAGCAGAUUUUUUCCGUGCGCACUGGAAAAGAAUUCUGUGAAACGUGUUGUCUGGUUGACUUCAGAAUAUUCAAAUAAAACAGUUGUCAAAGGGAAAGUGAAUGAUGGCUUGCGUAGUUAUUGCCCAGUGUUCAAGUCUAAAGUGGACUCCACAAAUGCCAAUUUCACUGAAAACUCAUCACUUUCUUCGCAGGGUCACGAAUCAUUGGCUUCUUAUGAAAGCCUUGAGCAGCUUCAUCGCUUUGUGUUUGUUCUUGGGGUCACCCAUGUUACCUAUAGCUUUCUUGCUGUUGCCCUGGCCAUGAUCAAGCUAUGCUUCAGCCGCCAAUUUUGGAGUUCCAUCCACCGAGCUGAUUACAUGGCAUUGCGCUUAGGCUUCAUUACUAACCAUGAUCUUCCCACAGCAUACAAUUUCCACAACUAUAUGCUUCGAAGCAUGGAUGAGGAAUUUAGUCACAUAGUUGGUGUUAGUGUACUUCUCUGGGUAUAUGCCAUCUGCUGUAUUUUCCUAAAUUUUCACGGUAGCAACUUUUACUUUUGGCUUUCCUUCGUUCCAGCAAUUUUGAUCCUUAUUAUUGGUACUAAAUUGCAUCGAGUGGUAGUAAAGUUGGCCGUUGAAAUAAUAAGUAGUCGCCCAAAUAUGAAACCUCACCAAUUUAACUUAAGAGAUGAGCUCUUUUGGUUUGGAAAGCCCAGGUUCCUGCUACGGUUAAUUCAAUUGAUAUCCUUCUUGAAUGCAUUUGAAAUGGCUUCGUUCUUAUGGUCUCUGUGGGAAAUUAAAGAUCCUUCUUGCUUCAUGAGCAACCGAACGUUUAUAGUGAUUCGCUUGUCAUUCGGGGUCAUCUCCCAAGUCUGGUGCAGCUUUAUAACGUUUCCUCUCUACGUUAUAAUCACACAGAUGGGCUCAAGGUUCAAGAAGACCGUGGUCUCUGAAAAUGUGAGAAAAUCACUCUCUAAAUGGCAGAGAAGAGUGAAGGAGAAACAAAGUUCCUCUUAUGCAGUCCUUGCUGCAGCAUCACCAACAUCAAUAAGUUCUUUUAUCUCUGGAAGUGAUAAUGCCUUAAUCAGUGAGGAAGGAAGCUCCUCUGGGACUAAAGAUAUUUAUCUCUCUUAUCUUGAUCAUGGGUCAAGGACUCAAGCAAAUGCAUCAUUUUCAAGUUAUGAAAAUGAUUAUCAUGAUCAAGAUCAUCAUCAUCAUCAUAUAAUCGAUGACUUAUCUCCCCCUCCUGUGUCUUGA